AUGGACCAGUUCCCAGACUGGCACCACGUGCGGCUGCGGAACCGCGCGCUCGGCGGGUACCUCCACGCCGCCGACGACGGGGAGAGCGUCGUCCUCCGCCGUGGGCGCGCCUCGCUGAACGCGGUGUGGGCGGUGCACCUCCGCCCCGACGGAGGCCGCGGCGUGCACCUGCUCCUUCACAGCGCCGCCUACGGCCGCUACCUCGCCAGCACGGCCGCGCCGGCGCCGCCCGGCCACCGCGGCUCCCGCGCCGGGCAGCGCGACUACGACCAUCCGGUGGUUCCGGACAUCAUGUGGGAGGUCGUCAGGGCGGGCUCCCAGGGCGACGUCCUGCUCCGCACCGUCGGUGGCCGCUACCUCCGCGCCAACGGCAGGUACCGCCGCUGGAACACCGGCGUCAGCGUCGACGGCGACUACAUCAGCACCAUGGCGCGCUGGGCCGUCGAGCGCAUUCCCCGCAGAGAGGCAGCUCCCGACCUUCCACCCCCGAUUCCGAUCCGCGUGCUGGGACGCUUCUCCGGGAUCAUCUUCGGGCCGCCAGAGCGAGAGGCAUGGCGGACGAUCCGGUUCUUCACCGAGAACGGCUUUUCCCAGGGGUUGUACCCGGAGAACGGCUGGAACGUGUUCCCGUUCCUCGGGAGGUCCGUCUUCCACCUGAACGAGGAACUGGACAUACGCGUCGGCGUCCUCAACGGGAGACCUGCCCCGCGGCUUCGUCAUGUGGUGCCUUCUUUCGGAGAGGCGGACCUGCCCGACGGCUUCGUCAUGUGCGUCCGAGCCGGCCGCCACGGGAGGCUCACCCCGCUUGUCAUCGACCUGCCCCGCGGCGGCGACGGCGAGACCCUCGAGAUUAUCGUGGCGCUCUCCGGGACCCAAGUCUAUCAUGAGCUGCGACACCCGGAUGUUGACGCAGCGUAG